AUGCACGAAGGGCUCAUUAUGGCUCAUCACAUCAAUGAAAAUGCAAUAUUAUCCGCACUUAUGGAAGAAAAUGAUAGCGAUACGGAUGAGCUGUUUCUACCUGGAAGUGAAGAUGACUCGGAUCACUUGAGCAUUCAGUCUGAAAGUGAAAGUGAAGAGGAAGUACAGGAUAUUACUUCAGGUGGUGAAUCUUCUUGUUCAAAUCAGUUUUACACUGGUAAAGAUGGCAAAACAAAAUGGCAGAAGGAGCCACCGAGAACUAAUGCUCGUACAAGAUCAGAAAAUAUAAUUACUCAAUUGCCGGGAGUAAAGAGCCAAUAUAAAGACAAAAAAAAAACAGUUUAG